AUGUACGAGUCGGCAUGGUUGUUAUACGGUAUACAAAAUCAGCUUGAGAACCGAUACGCGAAUGCUGCCCAGUUAGCACUUGCAGCUGUGCGACUGAUUGUUCUCCUCUGUUUGAUAGUUCUGUGGUUGGUAACAUCACACGAGGAAAAGUCUCAUAGCUCAACACAGUCCGGUGAAAACGAGAGCUUGCUUGACCAUGGCCCUGGAACCGAUUACAGCUACGGAACUUCCAAGGCCCGUGAUGGGAACAACGCGUAUAAUGCCAGAGUGGGUGAUGCUCAGACUACCACGUGGUUAGAUUACGUCCUUGGAUUCAGUAAACUGUUUCCGUUUCUCUGGCCUGCCGAAUCUAAACCGCUCCAACUGCGAGCAAUAUUUUGUUUCGUCCUGCUGAUAGCCCAGCGUGUUGUCAAUAUACUGACCCCUCAUCAGCUCGGAGUUUUAGUCACUACUUUGGGGCCUGGAAAACUUCCACAUAAACAGAUUUUUUUAUAUAUUCUCUUCCGCGGUUUUCAAGGGCAACAAGGCAUUUUAGGGUCCAUUCGGGCCCUCCUCUGGAUUCCCAUCAGUCAAUCGACCUACCGACGCCUCAGUACUGCUACUUUUAAGCAUGUUUUGGAACUCUCUCUCGAUUUUCAUAUUAGCAAACGCAUUGGUGAGGUGACAAAUGCGUUGAGUAAAGGAGGUGCCUUGAAUACUUUUCUCGAUGGGUUUGCAUUCCAGCUAUUUCCCAUGGUUGCAGACCUUUGGAUAGCAGCGGCUUACUUCUUUAUUGUGUUUGAUCCCUUCUAUGCUCUGAUGGUUAUAGCUGUCACAUGGUUUUAUAUCUUCAUGACUAUUUAUAUGGCCAAGUACCGUGGUCGCGCUCGGAGGGAGAUGGUUAAGCGAGAACGGGAGAUGGAGGCUGCCAAAUCAGGACCGAUGCUCUCUUAUCUUACGAAACCGUGCAUCAUAGCGGUGCUGUUACUAUCCGAGUACAAUGUUUUCUUGUCGCUGAACCUUCUCAACGCGGCUCAAAAUGGCGUAUUCACGCUCGGAACUCUACUGGUCUGUUACUUGAAUGCCUACCAAAUAUCGAUGAACAUGCAGCAAGUGGCAAUGUUUGUGACUCUACUUACCUAUCUCGCACAACUUCAAGCUCCUUUGAACUUUUUUGGUAGUUUUUAUACUCAGGUUCAGAAUAACUUGGUUGAUGCGGAACGCAUGCUGGAAUUGUUCGAACAGAAACCCACGGUCGUUGAUAGUGAAGACGCUGUGGAUGUGAGCAAAUGCAACGGCGGGAUAUCAUUUUCGAAUGUGUCUUUCGCUUAUAAUGGCCAGCACCCAGCCCUGCAGAAUGUGUCGUUCGAAGUCCUACCUGGCACCUCAACGGCAAUCGUCGGCGAGAGUGGGAGUGGAAAAUCAACUAUUCUGAAACUUCUUUUCCGUUUCUAUGACAUUAGUGAUGGCUCUAUCAAGUUGGAUGGUCUGGACACACGCGAGAUGCGGAUCGAAAGUUUGCGCAGCCACAUGGGUGUGGUUCCACAGGACACGAUUUUGUUCAAUGAUACUCUGAUGUAUAAUCUCUUGUAUUCUCAGCCGAACGCUUCCGAAGAGGAUGUGUAUAAAGCCUGCAUGGCGGCCAGUAUUCAUCACCAGAUACUCAGCUUUUCAGACCAGUACUCGACCACCGUUGGAGAGAGAGGUCUCAAAUUGUCUGGAGGCGAAAGGCAAAGGAUUGCCAUCGCCCGUGCCUUCCUUCGAUCGCCUCGGAUUCUCCUACUUGACGAGGCUACAGCAUCGCUCGAUUCCGAAACCGAGAAGCAGAUCCAAGGCUCGCUAGAAAAGGUCUCGGAGGGUAGGACAACAAUUACGAUUGCACAUCGACUAUCAACCAUUACGAAGGCUAACCAGAUCAUCGUGCUUCAGAAAGGUCGAAUCAUGGAGAAGGGAACGCAUGUCGGUCUCCUUGCCCGCAAUGGGCUAUACGCACGAAUGUGGAGAAAACAGACAGAGGGUGCUAUUAGACCAUGGAGUCCCCCGUGA